AGAUUAAAGUUCCUCAACGAGCGGAACCCAAUAGAAAGAAGCAGCGUAGCCAACAUGGGCGUUUCUGCUAUAACGAUUGUCCAUUCCUGUUUUUUCGUGCUCGUUGGUCUAUACAUCGGAAUUGGCAUUUCUGGAUUUUUUCAACAAAAUGAUGAYUCGAUUGGAACGGCGCCAUUGGCUAUAAACCACGAUCGUAUUGGUCCGAAUAGCAAUAGAUCCAACAAAAAUGAUACCGAAAUUCGCAAUCUCUUGAAAAAAGCGACGGAGGAGGCAAAGCGUUGGAAAAGCAAAGCGCAGGAAUUGGAAAAGAAGGAGAACACUUCUUCGGAAACAAUUCGUCGACUGGAAGAUUCCUGUCACAAGAAAGACGAUGCAAAAGAAGACUACAAAUCUUCCCUUUCUWMACUCKCUACUAUACCCAAGAAUUCUGCAAACACCAACCACCAUCCCUUUUGCCAAUCGGUGCUCCCUCAUCCGGCGCCAAGCGCCAUGGCGCUCUGGAACGAACACAUACCGAAAAUCUUUGCCGCCACUCGGGUCGCAGCCGAUAACCGGUUUCAGUUUCACGAUUUCACAGCUCAGAUCCUUCAGAUUGUUUCCCCACGUCUGCCCCGGUCCGUUAAGACCGCACCAUUCGACUGGAGGCCGGUCGAGAACACUCUUACGGUGGCUUGGGAAAGAUACAAAUACCUACAGCUUCCAAAAAAGGAACGAGAUGCGAUCGACCCCGAAAACAAACCACGACCCCUCAAGAUUCUCAUCAUGGGGGGUUCGGUGCUGGUCGGCACAAACUGUCGGAUGAUGAUGAGGGAACUCAAUUUUCAAUUCCGUAUGCCCAAACGAGAAUGUAACUGGGGCUUUCGUGUGGGACAAUUUCUCAAUGCAUUUUUCUUAGGUGACGGUGAUUACAAGGAAGAACGGACGGAAAAACUUGUCGAAGUCACCAAGGUAGCCAUGGGAGGAACCAACACGGCGACGGGAUCUGUGAUAUGGCAGUACGAUUUGAUUCCGGAGGAAGCCCGUAAUCCAGAUAUUGUGCUCAAUGCUUACUCGACAAACGACUUGCACAUUUUGACCGUCCUGGAAGCCAAGUCUUCGAAUACUACACUGCGUGAUAGAACAUUUGAAAUGAUGCAAUCAUUUGUGCGGCAAAUUAUGGGAACUGUGCGUUGCCCGACAAGCAACAGUGGCAGCRAUACCGACAGCAACAACGAACCUAUCCCACCCCUAUUGCUUCACAUGGAUGACUAUCUCGGUAACGAACAGCGCAAAAUAUGGGAAACGACGGAAUUGACACAGGGUGUACAAGUUUUAGCGAAUUACUAUGGCUUUGUCAGUAUGAGUUACGCCGAUCUUAUUCGAGAAUUUGUYUAUGGCGACACCUACGAAAAAUGGUUUASUUCGGAAUGGUGGGUGAAGGAGAAAAAAAGAAAGAAUCUAAUCUUUGAUCGUCAAAUUCAUCCCGGCAUGGGCAUGCACAUCUCGUCAGUGUGGGUUACAGCUUAUAACUUGCUUCAUCUAGCAUCCACAUAUUGUAGCCUUCCUACGGAUGUUCUUGCUCAUCAGGCGAGCAACAAUAUCAACAAUUACCAAGCCGGUAUGUGGGGACUUCCCGAACUAAACAAGAAAUUCAAGGAACCCGACGGGAGACCGCAACCGCAGCCCAAGGGACUACCACCAGAACUCACAAAGGAUCUACUUUUGGAAGACGUUACAUCUCUGUGGAGGCAACAAAGUGACUCUGCCUCUAGCAAUGAUUGUGAUUCCGACCAAACCAAACACGUCGUGAAAUGCCCUUUUUCGUGGGUUGCCGGCCUUUCGCUGCAACAAAACAAUGUCACCUUUGUCAGGGAAUAUUUUGAAGARCAAUCAASUACAUGGAAGGGAUGGGAACUAAGCGAAGACAAGGACAAACURGGAUUUGUUCCGUCACCAGGAGUUGCAAAGGACGCUGAUUCAAAAAUAAUAUUGGACUUUGACUAUUCCCAAAAGAUUCGGUCCGUUACGUUUUUUUUCAUGAAAUCAUACGGAACCAAAUGGGAAAACAGUGAGUUGAAUGCAAAAGUUUGGUCUACGCCUUCAUCAUCGGAUCAACAACAAGUACUGUUGGUAGAACGCAAUAUGUUGGGGACCCACAGUAAAAACACAAGCGAAAUGUAUACAGAAGAGAUUGAAUUCCAACCGGUGGAUGCCGCUCAUAAAAUACAAUUGGAAAUCAAGCUURUAGGAGGCGAGACAUUUAAGAUUAUGGGACUUGCUGUGUGUAGGUAACACGAUUAGAGUAUUGCAGUCAACGAAACUUUUAACACCCCAGUAAUCAACCAAUACGAUGCAGACCYGUAACGGAUUUAAACGUUCCUUGACUGUUCGGGCUGCGGCUUCGAUUGCGGGACUAGGUCGUCAGUCACGAAAGAAAGAUCUUUGAUGCCGAUGUCGUACGAUACUCAUCGUACGUGCUCGUACCGUUACGKCAAGAGAAACGAGAUGAAAUAAAUACUGUAACUUACU